CUUUCAUCUGUCUGCUCAAGAGACCUGAAGACCACAGUUCCUGCCACUCCUGACUCAGAAACAUGACCGCAGCUCGGACUCUCCUUCUCACUGGCUGUCUGCUGCAAGGUGCCCUGUGUGGACAGUUUAAUAUCAAUAUACCAAAGACUAUGGAGGUUCUGAACGGAUCUUGUGUGACCAUUCCCUGCUCCUUUGACAUAGAUGACUACUAUCAGUCAAGUCUAAAUAAAAGAUGUAAAGCAAUAUGGAGAAAAGGUCAAAUGACUGUGUUUGAUAGCAGCAAUCCACCCACUAGAAUACAAGGACAUUUGGAAGGAGAUUUAACAAAAAAAGACUGCACCACAACCCUGAACAACAUACAAACUGCAAACAAGAAGUAUUUCUUCAGACUGGAAUGUGACAAUGACCUGAAAUAUGGGUUUGAAAGACAAAAGUUAGAAAUUACAGUCCAAAACGGCCCACCCAGACCGACUCUGACUCCGUCCACGCCGACGGCGAAGGAGGGGACCUCAGUGAGUUUGGAGUGCUCUGCUCCAGCUCCCUGUCCGUCCCGUCCGCCAACACUGAAAUGGACGCCCACCCUGGCCGACAGUCAGGAGACACUGCAGGACAAUCGGGACAAAACCAAAGUCAAGUCCUCUGUUCUGACCUUCACUGCUUCUCACCUCCAUCACAAACAGGAAAUCUUCUGUACUGCCAUCUACAGCAAACAAGAUGGCAGCAAUGAGUCAUCUGUUAGCAUUAGCUAUACAGCCAAUAUUUCAUUCGCUCCGCAGAUCCUGCCCUCGUCUGACUGCACCAAAGCUGCAGACCGCCUCAACUGUUCCUGCGAGACUGUGGGAAACCCUUCUCCCACCGUACAGUGGUAUUUAGAUGGGCUCGCCGUCAAUCACUCGCAGUUUGCAAUCAGCAGUGAGUCUCUAAAUGACACGGUUCUGAGGAGCAUCAUCACUGCGAGCCAGCCACAGUGGACGGAUCCUCCCACCUUGCUCUGCCACAGCUCCAACUCUCUGGGAUCUGCUACUCAGCGAUUUUGCAUCUACGGCUUAGAGCCUCGAACAUCGGCAGAAAGUAACGACCGAGUGACGUUGGCACUCUUCAUCGCCGCAGUUGUCGCACUGCUGGUACUAGUAUGCGCUCUGCUGUUAGUUAUCAGGGAUGAGAAGACUCAACACAAGCUUCUAAAGAGAAAAGUUGCUAUUAGCCAACGUCUAACGAAUGGAGAGCGAAACGAGGUUCCCAACAGAACAGAAGAGGACAUUUAUGUCAACGUCGAUAUGCCAAGACAGGCAGAUGUCGCCCACCCUGCAGCUAUCCCUGAGCCAAACGACGCCAACAUGCUAAACUCUGGGCCAAACCAUGCAGAAGGAGCCAGUGGGAGCUCAGAGAAGAAUGAGGAAAGCAGUGAUGUGAUAUACUCUAAUGUGACUUGGAAGAGGAAAAGCGAGACAGGAGACGUGGAUCAGCCUGGUAGCUCCUAUCUUGAGGAGGAGAGGUGCAUGGUGGGAGGCAGGCGCAGAAAUUUUGAGAGCAACGCAACGAAGAUGGGAGGCCUGUAUGACGAACUGGGGCCUAGAAAAGUGAAUGAGGAAGUGGAAUGUGAAUAUGCGCAGGUUAAAUUUCAGAGGAGGAGCGCUAAGCACACAUAGAUCACUUUUUGUUAAAAAUGAACUGGUUGUAGAUGUAUAAACACCAAGCGAGGGCUACAGAGACUGUAUAUACACAUUAUAUAUAUUUGUUUGCAAAAGAGGUACAUAGCUGUCUCUACAUUAUUGUAGAGUUGCAUGUAUUUAUUCUUUCAAUAGCUGAACGUUAUUGUCAAUUUACAAUAUUGCAUUUAAUAUAUCUUUUAAUGCAUCUCACCUUUGCCACACAGUGGUUUAAGUUACAAGAAGCAGACAAGAGAGCCUCUCUAUCAGGCUUUCUCACCUUUGCCACACAGUGGUUUAAGUGAACAAGAAGAUACAAGAGCCUUACUAUCAGGCUUUCUCACCUUUGCAGCUGACUGCUUUAAAAUAGCUCCGCAAAUUUCCUGUUUGAGGCUAAAUAGAAGUAAAGGCGUGUGGAGUAGGAGUAGGCGCUGGUGAAGUGGUAGACCUGAGGACAGUAACAGAUCAGUGGGCCAUCACAGAUACAUUCAUGUAGCAGCUCACCUGGCAAGGUAAGCCCUCUUGUCCGUGUAACUCAAAGAAAAAUAUGAAUCCAGUGACUUUUUUUUUUAAGUACUUAGAUGAACCUGGAAGUGCUUGAGGCCCUUAAGUGUCUCAGACAUAUGACUGAUCAUUAAACAUCUGUUUGGCGUUGUCAACACUGUUGCCUGCGCCACAGUAAAAAAUGCGUAAUGUGCAGAAAUGAUACAAUACAAAUUCCUCAUAUUCUAACUGUAGUCUCAUUGUUACAGCAGUUGUGUUUCAGAAAAAGAUUUCUUAAUGAGAACUGCAUAUUUGCUGAAGCUGAUGAGCUUGUUUCCGGCUAAUAUUGAGCUUCAUUUGUUUGUACCUCUGGUUUUACUGCUGAGUAAACAUAAAAAGGAUAAAACAAUAAGCUAAUAUAGAAUAUAUCAAUUACUGUUGCUCUUCAUUAUUAUUAGAAGCUUGUGGAACUAUAAAUACUUUUCACUACCUAAAACAAAAUGCCAGAAUUGUGUAACCAUGGAAAGGCACAUUGUUUUCUAAUAUGGUGAUCAAUAAAAAGUCUUUGCAGCUUUUUUGAUAUUGCU